CGGUCGAGCCGGACGGGCAGUCUGUCCAAGGCUCGUGCGAGGGUCGCAGAGGGGUUGAAGAGCCCCAUGUUGGGUGUGAAGAAGCUGGAUGAGAUCAGGGAGAGCUUCAAUAAAGGCGUGGAGGUCAAAUUCGCACCACUCAGCAUACCCCCUCAUCGCCGACUCCAAACCUUCGCUGUGGCCUUCUGGGCGCUACUCCUUCCUAUCUGCAUGUUCUGCUUCUUCAUGUGCCUGUCUUAUCGGCCACUGUGGGCGGUCAUGAUUCCCUAUAUCAUCUGGAUCCAAUUUGACUCGGCGCCGGAUACGGGCGGAAGGCCGAUCCAGUGGCUAAGGCAUGGAAGGCUAUGGAGGUACUUUGCAGAAUACUACCCGUGCAGUAUCGUCAAGGAGGCGGAACUUCCACCUGAUCGACCGUAUCUGUUCGGCUACCACCCGCAUGGGAUCAUCGGGAUGGGCGCAUUUGCAACAUUCGCUACAGAGGGCACUGGCUUCUCGACCAACUUCCCCGGCAUCCAGCCCCACCUCCUUACCCUCGAAUCCAACUUCAAGAUCCCCUUCUACCGUGAUCUGCUCCUCCUCCAUGGCAUGUGCUCUGUCUCCAAGCCAUCCUGCGCUAGUAUCCUGUCGAAAGGUGCCGGGAGCUCGAUCACCAUUGUUGUCGGCGGAGCGGCGGAGAGUCUCGCCGCGCACCCGGGGACGGCGGAUUUGACGCUCAAGAAGCGGAUGGGCUUCAUCAAGAUGGCACUUACGCACGGGGCGGAUUUGGUUCCUGUUUUCAGUUUCGGAGAGAACGACGUGAGUCUGGAGAACAAGAAGGGGUCCUUGGUCUUCAAGCUCCAGAAGCGGUUCCAGAGCAUCUUCGGUUUCACUUUGCCUCUCUUCUUUGGUCGCGGCAUCUUCAAUUAUAAUUAUGGCCUGAUGCCCUUCCGACACCCCAUUGUCUCGGUCGUUGGCAGACCCAUCCACGUGAAGAAGGACGAGGACCCGUCUCAGGAGGUGCUGCAGGAAGUGCAGAAGCAGUACAUUGACGAACUAAUGAGUAUUUGGGAUAAGUACAAGGACGUAUAUGCCAGGCAUCGGACCAAGGAAUUGACUUUAGUUGAAUAG